AUGCCACCAAAGCGAAAGAUCGACAGCGAAGACGAUACCGAAGAGGUUGAAUCCACAGAUGAGUCUGAAGUGACUAGUAGUGAAGAACAGCAGGAACACACACGCUCCGGCAGUGAAGAGGGAACCGGCAAUGUGAUGUUGGUAAACAACCCAAAUGAUGAGAGACAUAAUGUGGAGGACGCGAGGCCUGUGCGCACACCGACGGGCGUCGAUACACCGCAGCGCCCGCAGUCUCCUCUACCGCCCUCGCAGCUGCAGAUGGGAGACGCCGUGCAGAUGCUGCACAACAAUCCAAAUGAUGAGAUGGUGCGAGUGAAUGAUGGAAUUAACAUCAAUACACCACGUGCAGAGAGUAAGGAGAGAAGUGGAUCACCAAAGGGACUUAUUUUACGAAAUGCCCCACAUGAUGAGGCUAUUCCUAUUUCUGCACAUGCCAGUUCUAUAGGAACACCGAAGAAGGAAACCCCAAAGACUCAAAUUCCAAUGGAACCUGAGGGAGAAGAAGAAAGCACAGAGGAGGAAAGUGAAGAACAUGCUGGGGGAUUCCGUGGAUAUGCUAAUCAGAGACCAGAUGCUAUAGAUACAGAGACGGAAACUGCACCAACUAUAAUACCGAACCUUGAAUACAAACCGCAGGAUUAUGCUAAAAUAAAUGCCAGUGCUAGCCGAGAGAUGCAAGAACUUUUUAAACAUAUUUUGGAUUAUCAACCUGUUAUACCAGAACUUCCAGCAAAGUUACGUCCAUUUAUACCGGAUUAUGUUCCAUCUAUUGGUGAUCUUGAUCCCUUUUGUAAAAUUCCUCGACCAGAUGGUAAACCAGACGGUUUGGGUAUUUAUGUUUUGGAUGAACCCUCCGUAUCUCAGUCUAAUCCAGCGGUAGUAUUAUUGGAACUCCGUGCAACUAAUAUCCACUCUAGUGGUGGUUUGGCGGAGGUGGUAGAUUCAUUUGAAGAUGCUGCUAAUCGGCCGGAAGUUAUUGAUCGAUGGAUUGCAGAUGUAAAGAAAGUACACUACAAGAAACCAUUACCUGCAAUAAAUUAUCAAAAACCCAUGCCUGAAAUAGAAUCUUUACUGCAGGUUUGGCCCCCGGAGUUUGAAGAAGUUCUUAAUUCAGAUCUUCAAUUUCCUCCACCGCAUAUUGACCUUGAUCUUGAUCAAUACGUACGUACUCUCUGUUGUAUUUUAGACAUUCCAACGUACAAUUCUCUCAUUGACUCUUUGCACGUUAUGUUUACUCUUUACCAAGAGUUCAGGGCCAACCAGCACUUCCAGCAUGAAUAG